AUGGACGAGCCCUCGGUGGAGGCUCUUAUGCAGGCGAGCCUCAUCUUCGUCGUCGGCGUCGCCAUCAUUCUCUCUAAUCUUCUCAUUAUCGCGACUUUCCUCAACUUUCGAGGUCCCUCCGAGGUGAUAAAAUACUAUCUGUUAUCACUGGCAACAGCAGAUCUAUUCUGUGGUCUGCUUGUUGUCCCACUCUCCAUAUACCCAGCUCUCGUUCGAAGAUGGGUAUACGGGGACGUUGUCUGUCGACUUGUCGGCUAUCUUGAAAUUACUCUUCUGGCAGUCUCUGUUUACACCUUUAUGUGGAUGUCUGUUGAUCGUUAUUUGGCUAUUAGGAAACCUCUGCGUUACGAGACUGUCCAAACAAAAACAAGAUGCCAGUGCUGGAUGGCCUUUACGUGGAUAAGCGUUGCAAUGAUGUGCUGUCCGCCUCUUUUGGGGUUCAACAAACCAAUUUUCGACCGCGAAGCCUUCAUCUGCAUGCUUGACUGGGGUAACAUGGCAGCCUACACUAUAACCCUUUCAAUUCUGGUACUUGGACCGUCGGUAAUAACAAUUGUCUACACCUACACCUACAUAUUUUCAAUGAUGAGAAAAUUAAGAUCUGGUGUUCCGAUCCACGACAAGGAAUACGCCACCGCGUUGUCAGAAAAUCUCAGCAAUCCAAGUCACAUAAUGUCUUUUGUUCUGGUUAUGGCGUUCUGGCUGUCAUGGGCACCUUACGCUGUCCUCAAAAUUUAUUCUACUGUUAAUGGACCUCCUCAGGUUCCAUUUCUCCAAUUUGCUGUCGUAUGGUUUGGUAUUUUAAAUUCUUUUUGGAAAGCAAUUAUUCUCGGAACACUGAGUCCUCAAUUUCGUUUAGCGGCUCGUGUUUUAUGUCUCACGCUUUGCUGUAGACAUAGAAGAUUACCACCAGAGCUUUUGGGCCUCGACGAUGAUGACUAA